AUGUUCUCUCGAGCGUUGAGGACUGGCCGCGCUGCGCCUUUGCGCUGUAAUGUUUUCUCGAAAUCCGCGCUGGUGAAGAGAACCGUCACCACGGAUGCCGCGAGUGCCAAUGUUAGAGAUGCCGUUCCGCAGGAGGAUGAUAAGCCAUUCCAAAUUCAGCUCUCUGAUGAGAGUUUCGAGACUUAUGAGCUCGACCCCCCUCCAUACACGCUCGAGAUCACGAAGAAGGAACUGAAGCAGAUGUACUACGAUAUGGUUGCGAUCCGUCGUAUGGAGAUGGCUGCGGACAGACUGUACAAGGAGAAGAAGAUCCGUGGUUUCUGCCACCUGUCCACCGGACAAGAAGCCGUCGCCGUCGGUAUUGAGCACGCCCUCACCAAAGAAGACGAUCUCAUUACCGCCUACCGAUGCCACGGUUACGCCCUGAUGCGCGGUGCUACCGUCAAAUCCAUCAUCGGUGAACUCCUCGGUCGCCGAGAGGGUAUUGCCUACGGAAAGGGAGGAUCGAUGCACAUGUUCUCCAAGGGUUUCUAUGGCGGAAACGGUAUCGUCGGUGCUCAAGUACCUGUUGGUGCCGGUCUUGCCUUCGCUCACAAGUACACUGGAAGAAAGAAUGCUAGUGUUGUGUUGUAUGGUGACGGAGCCAGCAACCAGGGACAAGUCUUUGAGGCUUUCAACAUGGCCAAGUUGUGGAACUUGCCUGUCAUGUUUGGUUGCGAGAACAACAAGUACGGAAUGGGUACAGCAGCCAACCGCUCUUCCGCUCUUACCGACUACUACAAGCGUGGUCAAUACAUCCCCGGUCUUAAGGUCAACGGAAUGGACGUCCUUGCCGUCAAGGCUGCCGUCAAAUUCGGCAGAGAAUACACGACCGGUGGCAACGGUCCUCUCGUCCUCGAGUACCUCACUUACCGCUACGGUGGUCACUCUAUGUCCGACCCCGGAACCACCUACCGUACCCGUGAGGAGAUCCAGCGCAUGCGCUCAACACAAGAUCCCAUCGCUGGUCUCAAGCACAAGCUCAUUGAGUGGAACGUCACCUCCGAGGAGGAGCUCAAGGCUAUUGACAAGGAAGCCAGAACAGCGGUUGACAAGGAGGUUGCGGAGGCCGAGGCCAUGCCUCCCCCAGACGCGACACCCCAGAUCCUGUACGAGGAUAUCUACGUCCGGGGCAGCGAGCCCGAGUUUAUGCGGGGAAGAACGGCGGAGGAGAACUACUACUACUAG